GUGUCAUUUACAUUUGAUUGAACUUGAAACCGUCUAACCUUUUUUUUUUUUUUACUAUAUAUUAAUAUUAUUGAUAGUGAAAUUGUGAAAGUCGAUAGCCUAUAGAAACAUGUCCUGCGAUACAUACUGAAACAGACUUAUUUUCCCAGUGAACGUUUUAUUUGGACUUGUUUAAGUGGCUGCAGAAAACAGCUAUAAAUAUAAUUUCAGAGAUGUUUGUGUCUUUUCAAAGAAUGCGUUUUGUUUCCCUAACAAACAUUAGAAAAUUUACAUGGUAAGACUAAAAAAGUGAAUUCACUUUUGAGUCUAUUGUCAUUCUUCUUCUUAAGGCCCCACCAUCAAUGCAUUGAUCAUUCUGGCUCCUAUUUAUGUUGAGGGGACUCACGAUGUUUCUGUGCCUGGUGGUACUAUUGAAUAGGAUAUUUCAAUGGUUGCAAGGGCCAAGGGCUACUUACUUAUCAACCAGGGUAUCAGGAACUGGGGGUUGGAAGGCAUGAGGCAAUAGACGCAAAUGUGUCAAGUGUUGUCGCAAAUGUGUCAAGUGUUGUCACCUCAACUUGUUCCAGUCCCUGAUUGUGUUUGGCAGGAAUGAGCCAUCAGAGCAGCUCCUUUUCUUUACUUUAUUAUUCGUGUUAUGAGCACGAGACGUAACUGCCUGUUACAGUUACAGUCAUAGCCUCGUUGCUGUCUAAGGGGAGAGGAAUGCGUUUCUCACUGUUAAAGGCUGGAGCAGUGAACCAGCCCAUUUUUUAUCUUGUACAUCAUUGUCUACUUAUUUUGUCUUGAGAUUUUUUUGGCUUCCUUUAUGUUGAAUAAGUCAGAGUCUCAGUUACAGUACGAAUAGCCAUUUAUUCAAUCUAAAGUAACCCGUGUCCAAAUAGCCACUUUGUAAUAAAAAACAGUUGUCACAAAUAAUAAUUAAAAUCAAGAGUAGUUAACUAGGUAUGAAAGGUAUGGUAUGUAUUUUUAAAAAUGUAUGAAAUGUAGGCUGGCUGUCUGUAGGUUGUAGAGACUGUAGUGUAGGCCUAUGCCUCUAUUGUAUGGCUGUAACACUGUGUUCAAUACAGUUUGUCAUUUCUAAGACUGUAAAACAUGACAUGGAAUUAUGUACUGUUACUAUUUUUAGACAAUGUUUCAUGAAACAUAGCUUCUAACAAUACAUUAAAUUUUAAAUGACAAACACAAUGGCUCGCAAAAUAAAAUUACCAAUAACUGCGCUAAACAUGUGAAAAUUUUUUUUUUAAAAGGUGUGCCUGAAAAAAGUCUUAAUUCUUCCCAGAAUUUGUUUUGUCAUUUGUCAAGUAACUUUAGUGAAUGGUCAUUUCAUGCACAGCCGCUGCCAUUGUUUGACGGGUUAUUUCUAGUUAUUAAAUAAAUUACUAUCAGUUACUGAGAGUAGUGGAUAGUGUGACUAGGGCCUAAAUUGAUUUUUACAUUUCUUUGACUUUUGAGAUUAGUAUAAUUAGAGGCCCAGACAGUCAGCCUAGUGAUUUUUCAGAUCAUAGAUGUGACUCCGUUAAGCGAGUUGAGCCCUCUAUUUAUAAUUGGGUUUCCGAGGGCAUAAUAUGUUGUGCUUAUGCUCAUUAAAUUCUCUUCUCGUUUUCAAAAUUUUGCAGGUAACACACUAUUGUUAUCAAAUUACAAUUUAUUAUCUUAACCCACGAACUGUCGUCUGCCGAUUUCAUCAGUAGAUUUUCUCUUCCUGAACUGUGUUUCUUGCUAUUUAGUAAUGUUUAUAUUGUUUAUGUCAUGCUUUGUUACUUGAAGGUAUCAGAAGAAUUUUUUUUUUAAUCUAUUAAUAACUCAAACUUAUACAAAUUUUAAAUUAUCUGAAAGAUAAAUACAAAUGCUAUCAUAUUAUUUAAAUAUUAUAAUAUGCCUUUAAAAAAUUGUAGUUUGAGGUACUUGAAAAGAAAACUUUUCAGUAUUUUCUUUAUUCUUGGCCACUCCAAGGUCACGGUCACAGAGUAUAAAAUAUCAUUAAAAAAUAGCCAAUAUGAUUCCCCACUCAGUCUAAUUUCAAUAAAUAUAUACUAUAUUGGAUCUAGCUAUAGUAUUAGCAUGUGAUUAAAAAUCAAAUUUUUUCAAAGGCACCCAAAAAGCUCUAAUUGCCUGCACAGUACAGAAUAAUAACAGGGACAGUUCAAGGAUUAAAUAUCUAUAAAAUGUCUAUAAUUUUCAGUGAGUUAGGGUUAGGAUUAUAUUAUAAUGCCUGAAUUUGGAUAGGAUAAGUGCCCUAAGUCGCCUGAGAUUUUAUUCUAAUUCCCAGUCAUGGUUCUUUUGGAAACAAACACUUUUUGGAUAAUAAAAAGUUCCAAUUAGUUUGGAAAAUCAGUGCUAAUGCUGUACUGAAAACACUAAACAUAUUGAGUGGCUGUGAAGACCUUAUUAGUUAAAUCAGUGUGCCCUGUCACUGCCACAUUAACCUAAGGUAAAGUGGGCAAUUUUUUAUAGGCCCUGUGCCGUUUAGGGGACCUGCUAGAGGGAACCAAAUGUUUUCUGCACAUAUUAUUGACUUCUGCUUUAAUUUUUAACACCUAUAUUACUGGUUUUUAAUUCUUUAAGAAUGCCAUAUGAUUUUAACUGCCUAGGGGUCCCAGGUGUCUUUGUUGGGGCUUUGUACCCCGCAGCAUUGAUCAUUUUGAAUGUUAUAUCUGACUAUCUAUCAUAAUACUAGUUAAAUAUAAUGAAAUUAAUAAUUUCAUGUAUUGUCUUUUUUGGGAAAUAAUAAUAGUAUCUACCAGUUGUAUUUUUAGUAAGUAUUAGGUUUUUGAUGUAAGUAUUUUGAUGAAACACCAUAUUUAAAAUUUUAAUUUAGGCUACAUCAAGAAUUAUUAUGUCUAGGAGGUUUGAAUAGCACACCUAUCUUUAAUAUCUUUGAUUUCUAUUUGACAGCACAAGUAUUAGCAAUCAUAAUUUUGAUGGAGAAAGUUACUCCAAAAGUAAUGUAUCAAUGAUUUCUUUGGAAGAUGAAACUCACAAUUACAUUGCUGCCUACAGCUCAACUGGAUUUCGGCUUGCCUCUGGUUUUAACAUUCUUGGACCAUGUGCUUUAUUUCCUAGGGCUGUCUUACAUUGGAAUGUAAGGCAAUUGUUUUAGUCACCUUUUUUUCAAAACAUUUCAUCUUUAUUAGAUUAAUUAGAACGUUAAUUCUCCAACUUUGAAAUAUCUUUUAGCCAUUAAGUAUUUUAAGUGCUUUGAAUGCAAAAUGAAUCAAAUCUUUUAAUGCUUAUUUAAUAAUGGCAAUUUAUGUCUAUAAAUAAUAUGAUAAGGGGCCAACCAUGCAUAAUGUCACACUUUUGACUAAUUGUAAUAUUUAUUUAAUUGAAACAGGUUGCUUCAGCUGACAAGAUAACCCCUGAAUCAUUGUCACUUUUCACAAUCUUGGAACCCAAGCUUGGUAAUAGACAGAGAAAAGCUUCUUGAUACACAUGUUUUGAGAAGGCCUUUAUUAGUUAGAUAUACUUGUACUUUUUAAAGAGUUUUAUCUGGCAGUUACCAUGAAUUAUAAUGAAUAUCUGGAAAAAGAUAGUGUCAUUCUAUAUUUGAAACAAAUGCAAUUUAUUAGGGAUGUCACUCUAGUUCCUUUCCUUUAUUUCUGAAAAGAUAGUAGAACAUACAUAGGAUACAUACAGGCAACGUGUACAUAUAGUUGCACAUACAUGGGAUAAACAUAGACAUUCACAUUGGUUAUUCUUUUUGAGCCAUCCUUUUAAAAAGGAGCACCUGAAUUAACAAUUAGAUAAUUUUUUUAAAUUAACAAUUUAGUUUCAUUCAGGGUACCAUUAUCUGCUACACAAUAUACAGAAAGAGUAACAAUUCUGAAUAAUUCUGAGUAUUUAUUUCAACUAUAAGUUUGCUUUAUGAAGUUAGUUAACUAUAAGUUUUUUAAAUAUGUUAUCAAUUAGCUUUUAUGUGUUUUCCAGUUUUCCCAUACAGUACAAUCUCAUAAUCCUUUUUACUUAACUUAAGUGCAAAAGUGUUUUGAUUUUAUCUUACCAACCAGAUAUCCUACUGAUUGGAAAAGGGGACUGGGGCGCUAAGGUAGACAGCAAAAUUAUCCAAUUUUUACGCAGCCACAAGAUUAAUGUGGAGAUUCUUCCCACGGUAUGCAUUCUUUCAAUCAAUAACCAAUCAUUUUCAUUGUUGCAAAUGUUUCAGGAUCAGUGCUUUCAUCAUAAUAAUUCAUUCAGAGUUGGGAUAAUGCUAAUAACUCAUGGUAAAUGAUUAUCAAUGAUGAUUUGUAUCAGCUUUUCCAUGUUUUUUUUCCAUGGCCAGUUAUUUUUAUAUUUAUACUUCGUUGCCCACUAAAAUUUUUACAUUUAUUUAUACUGCCCUAUGGUUAACACAAAAUUUAUUUGAAUGUCGAUACAAUUUUUGUACAUUCUAAAAAAAAUCAUUUACCAGUACUCUUAAAAAAAUUUGUAGAUAACUUUGACAAAAUUGUGGCUACUAGUUUAUAAAAGUGAAGUUUGGUUUCAUUUUUUUGCUUACUAAAGGUUAAAAAAGGAAAGAUUACAAAUUUAAUUUUAUAUCUUGUUCUAUAUGAAAACCUUUGUUGCACAGCUAGCUCCUCAUAGAUCAUGACAAUAGGCAUUAGACAUUUUAUCCUCUCUUCUACUCAAUAUUCUUGGCUACUUGACACCCCAAAAAUUCAUCAGUAGUAUUGUGUCAAGAUGUAAUUGAGUCCUAUGUCAUAAGGAAUAAUAAUCUAAUCUGUAUUAUUUUAAUUCAGUACAUGGGAUUUUUAUUAAGUUUAUAAAUUUUACACACUCUUGGGUACUCUCAACUAAAAGCAGUGUCAUUUUUGUAGACGGCCAUAUCUUCUCUGUGAUUGCUACAAUGCAUCUAUACAAGGGCUGUUCAUUCUAAGGUCUUCAUUCCUGUACGAAGGGUUGCCAUUGCACAAAUUCCAACCCUAAUCAGUCUCACCCAGUCUGCAAAUUAAUGCAAUUUUAAUCUAUGCAAUUAUCAACCAAAUGGAAAUUUUGAAAUCUUUUUUUGUCAGAAUCAAAUAAUGGAGAAAUUCUUCAUGAGCCAUACUGUCAAAAUAAUAUCUCACAAAACAAAUAGAAAAGCAGUGUCGGAUAUGUGUGAACGUUGAUCUACUUGCAAGAAAGAAAAACUAUGACUAUGAUACACUCUUUUAAUGGACAGAGCACUUGGACGUUUUUUGUUUUGUUUUUUUAACUCUGCCAUCUCCACCAUUAACUCUGCCAUCUCCACCGUUAACUCUGCCAUCUCCACCGUUAACUCUGCCAUCUCCACCGUUAACUCUGCCAUCUCCACCGUUAACUCUGCCAUCUCCACCGUUAACUCUGCCAUCUCCACCGUUAACUCUGCCAUCUCCACCGUUAACUCUGCCAUCUCCACCGUUAACUCUGCCAUCUCCACCGUUAACUCUGCCAUCUCCACCGUUAACUCUGCCAUCUCCACCGUUAACUCUGCCAUCUCCACCAUUAACUCUGCCAUCUUCACCACUCAUUGCUUUACUUUUUUAUUUAAUACCUCCAUGAUAUUUAUUUGGUAUUCCUGUUCAUACAUAUCUGAGAUGCUAACAAUUUAAUUGCUGGAACUGUUUAUUGCUUGACGAUUGUGUGAGGAUAACCAGUUUCAACAAUUAAUGUUACUAUUUCAUGUGAAACCAUUUUGAAGUUUAAGGUUUGCAGAUUGAACACCCUGAAAACAAAAAUAUUCAAAGGAAACCAUAUUUUUUUGGGGGGGUAGCUUUUCUCUUUAUUUUGUUAUGAAGAAAUCAUUUGUUUUAGUACCACUGUCUUCACCAUGUUUCAUAAACCAUUGAUCAAUUUUCAAAAUUAAAUGUAAUCAGUUAACUCAAAAGAUUCUCUCUCAACACUUAAAGUUGAACUGAUGUGUGGGUAAAACAAAGCCAAGAUGAAAACCCAAUUAAAGAAAAACCUAAGUUUUCAACUUUUUUUUUUUUCUUCUGGUAACACAGUGUUUUGCUCUUGCACCCCUUCAUUUGGGAAACACUGAUCAAAAUCAUUCAAGUUCAAGGUUUAUGUACUCUAAAUAUUUCUUGGUGGGAAUAAUUUUAAUGGUUUUUAUUUGGGGAAUAAAUAAUCACAAUAUAAAAAAAAAUGUGUAACCCCAUUUUCAUGUCAUGAUUUCGUGUCAACAUCACAUUGUGACCGUUUCCUCUCUAGGAACAAGCAUGCUCGACCUUCAACUUUUUGAAUUCUGAACGUAGAGUAGUUGCAGCAGCCUUGAUCCCACCCCAUUACAUGACUGCUCCUCAAGACACUCCCAACACAGAAAUCAUGCUGGAGCUGGAGGAACUGGAGGGGGAAAUUGAGAGGAUAAUGGAGUCUUUUAACAAGCAUGGUAUCCUAGAAACUGCAAAGCGAAUCAAAGAGCAAAACAGCCAAGCUGAUGGGGAGGCAGCUGCAAAAAAAGGAAAAACCGAAAACGAUGCAAAACAUUCUGACUGAUGUGAUAUGUUUUUAUCUACAAUGAUAAUUAGAAGUUAUUGUGAUGUAAAAUAGAUGUGUAAUUAUUUUUUUUAAAUAAAACAAACCUACAGUUUAGACACUAUGUAAUGGCAGGAUGGAGUUGUUUUCUGGCACUGGUAUUGAUAGUGCUGCUAAAAUGAUAUACAUUGCAUUUAUUAAGGUAAUAAAAGGUAGAGUGCUUCUGAUUUAGCUUGUCUCCAUGCUAUCGGAGACAAGGGGACAAUUCAGUGGUUAAGUCCCCUGCAUUGACAACAGGAGUUAAGUCCUCUACAUUGGAGACACAUUGGAGACACAGGAACUACAUAAAGUUCUCUUCAAGAGGAAAUUUUUUUUAAAGUGGACAUGCUAGGGCUAUACUAGGAGAAACUUUUGACAGUCAUAUUUUUGUAAAAAAUCUCUAGGAUUAGUCAAUAAAUUUACCAAGAUAAAACAUGAUAAAAUUUGCACAAUAACUCUUCAAGACUAUAUGCAAGGAGGACUGGCUAUGUGUGGGUGGAUGAACAGGGUGCAGGCCCUGGGCACCAAUAUCAAGAGUGCA